AUGAAAAGAAACUUAAUUCCAUUAUUUAUUUUUAUAUUUUUAUUUAGUGUUGUAAAUAGUUGUCAAAUUUGUUUGAAAGAAAAUGAUAUUUGUGGAAUUAACAAUCAUGAAAUGUGUAGCUAUGAUACAACUUGCUUUAAUAAUACUUAUGAACCAUCGAAUCAAAAUUUAAAAUGUACCAAAUACUUGAGAGAGGGUGAUGAAUGUGGAGCUGGUAAUUUAAGAGAUUUAUGUAUUGAGGGUAAAUGUUUUUCAAAUAAAUUCGCAACUUUAACUGAAUAUUGUGAAUUAAAUACUGAUUGUGCAACUGAUGAACUUGUUUGUAAUAACAAUGAAUGUAGAUUGAAACCUUCUGCAAAUUGUAAUGGUUUGAAUUCCAAUUGUAAUUAUGAUGAAUAUUGUUUAGGAAAUUCUUGUGCAAAAAUAAAAUUGGAGGGUGAAUCGUGCAUUUAUAAUAGCCAGUGUUUAGGUCCAAUGUCUUGUAAAAAUAAUGUUUGCUCUAAUCAACUCCUUGGAUUAGGUGCUAAUUGCAAAUAUGAUGUGUGUAAUUACAAUAGAGAUUUAUAUUGCUCAGAUGAUAUAUGCAUUGAAUAUUUUGAACCAAUAAAGAAAUCAUGUAAUCCUAAUGCUACUUAUAGUCAAUGCUCAGAACUUCAAAAAUGUAGUUGUUCAGAUGAAAAAUGUUAUAGAUAUUUACCAACCCCAAUGGAAAGAUUUAAAGCUUCAGACGAUUUGUAUAAGUGUGCAUUUGAUAAUAAAUGCUCAUUGGAUGAAUCACUUUUUUAUAAUACAAAAUCCUGUGUUUCAAAAAAUUGUAAAGAAAUAAUAUGUGGUUUUUCAGAUACCUUUGGUGCUAAAGAAAGUGACGAUUGUGGAAAGAAUGCAUUUUUUAGAGAUAGAUACUGUAAUUCUUCAAUUAAACUCGCUCAAUCAAUAACUUCUUUAUUCAUUAUUUUAUUUUUUGGUUUUGUAAUUACUUUUUAA